AUGACUGUACUGGUUGGAUUUCCUCAGCAGUGGACGAGGGCGAGUCCGGAGGUCGAGGGCGGAGGAGAAGUCAGCCCGGAGCUGCAGCAGAACUCCCGAGAGGGAGUUCCCAGAGCACCGCCGCCCAGGCCGGCCCCUCCUGCACACUCCCCCUCGCAGCGAGGCUGCCCUGCACCCGCGCCCACCGCCCGCCCGCCGCGCGAUGAUCUUCCCAGCAGCAGCGGCAACCCCGGGGGCAGCAGCAACCGCAGGACGCCCUCUCGCAAGCAGCAGUCUCUGGUCCCAGCGCACCCCAGGGCCCCUCCCAGCCCCAGCACCACCAGCAGUAAUAACGACAGCAGCUGCAGUAGCAACUCAGGAUGGGACCAGCUGAGCAAAAGGAACCUCUGUAUCCGAGGGCUGCCUCCCAACAGCACAGACCAGGACCUGGUGAAGCUGUGUCAGCCAUAUGGGAAGAUCGUCUCCACGCAGGCAAUUUUGGAUAAGACAACAAACAAAUGCAAAGGUUAUGGUUUUGUCGACUUUGACAGUCCUGCAGCAGCCCAGAAAGCUGUGUCUGCCCUGAAGGCUAGUGGGGUUCAAGCUCAAAUGGCAAAGCAACAGGAACAAGAUCCUACUAACCUGUACAUUUCUAAUCUGCCACUGUCCAUGGAUGAGCAAGAACUUGAAAAUAUGCUCAAACCAUUUGGACAGGUUAUUUCUACAAGGAUACUGCGGGAUUCCAGUGGCACAGGUUGAGGUGUUGGCUUUGCUGGGAUGGAAUCAACAGAGAAGUGUGAAGCCGUCAUUGGUCAUUUUAAUGGAAAAUUCAUUAA